CUCGUCCAGACCCCGCCCCCUUCCGCCCCGCCUGCAGCUCUUCCACCCGCCGCGAGCAUGGUGGUGCUGAAGGGCAUCCCCGCGCUGCUGUCCCCGGAGCUGCUCUACGCCCUGGCGCGAAUGGGGCACGGAGAUGAGAUCGGUGCAGCGCCCUCUCCGCUCCCCCCGCCCCGGAGGAGAUGGGAGGGGCAGUGGGCGUGGCCUAACGCGCCCCGGCUGCGCGGACCUACCGCGGCCGCUAACGGUGCCGGCCGUUCAGUCCUUGCAGAUGUGAACUUCCCCACGUCCUCCGUCUGCAGGUGUGGCCCGGAGGAGAUCCGCGCUGACGGCCUGGGCAUCCCUCAGCUGCUGGAGGCCGUGCUGACACUGCUACCACUGGACACGUACGUGGAGAGCCCGGCUGCAGUCAUGGAGCUGGUGCCCAGUGACAGGGAGAGGGGCCUGCAGACCCCAGUGUGGACAAGCUACCAGUCCAUCCUGCUCCAGGCUGGCUGCAGGAGCUCCCUGACGGUGAUAGAGAGGUUUGAGUUUUACGAAAGGGCCAAAAAGGCUUUUGCUGUUGUGGCAACUGGGGAGACGGCCCUCUACGGAAACCUCAUCCUCAAGAAGGGGGUGCUGGCGCCCGGCGCCCUGUCCCAGGCGUGUUGACCGUCUGCCCGGAGAGGCGUCUGGACCCUGGGCCUGACAGCGCCACCAGCAGGCAGGUCCAGCGUCCAGAAGAACCGGCCUUGCCCUGCCUGUCAGCACGGGAACCUCACCCAGCCAGGGGCUCCGGGGCCAGUGGGUUUGCUGACUGGGCUGGGGUUGUCCCAGUUUAUGAAAACAAGGGACAAGCACAGUGACUUGCCAGCGUUCAGUCCAAAGGUUUAACCAGCAGCUCACCCUAACUCCCCAAGGCCUGUGGGGGCGGGUGCAACGGAGGCCACUGGCCCCCAGAGAGAGGACCCCACCCACUCCCCAUGGAUCCCGCCUCCCGCAAGCUCUGGGCCACCUGACGUGGCAAGACCCUGGGUUUGGGAUAACAGUUCUUACAGGCAGACACCCUCGUGCAGGGUGGUCGCACAGCGGCCCAGAGGGAGGUCUGGGGGCCUGGCUGGGGCCGGAGGUGAAGCGGCGGGGGGUCAUCCCAGCUCCCGUCCCUGCAGGGGCCUGGAGGAGGGUGUGUCAGCCCCCGGGUGCAGACACUAAGGUGGCCCUUGAGGAGGGGGCCGAGGCUGUCCGGAGGACGCAGGGUGCCCAGGCAAAGGGGGCUGGUGAGGCUGCGACAGCUUCCCAGCCGUCGCGAAGCGGGUCUCGCGGAGCGAGAGGGAUUCCCACUGGCCGCGGCCCAGACCACAGGGUCUCUCCCCGGGGCCCGCCCUGCUUCUCCAGACCUUACAGCCGCAGCUACGGGGGCUGGGACGACUGGGGUCCCCAGAGCUCAGGGAGUUGUCCUGGUCAUGGUCAUGGGCUGGGGCUGGUGGCCCUGGAGGGCAGGCAGGUCCCCUGGGGCUCAGCCUGGGCCCCUCACUGCCAGGGCUUAGACCCCUGACCCCACGGCCGGCCACUUCUAGCCACACAAGGGCCUCUCUGAAAACCGCGCUAUUGAGGUUUAAUUGACACACAGUAAACUGCACAUUUCACGUGUACUGUUAA